AUGGUUUUUAAAUCAUUGAAAAGACUAAAAUUUGCUAUUGGAAAAAAGAAGAUUGUUUCAAAUAAAAAGACGAAAAAAUUCGCACAUCUGGGGGGAAAGAAGGACGAGGCCCAUUGUGUUGGGCCUGCUGAAAAAGAUCUAGACGACAGAAGACAGAACAGUUUAGAUAAAUCUCUUCAUGGGGAAAGGACAACCGAAGACGAUGAAUCAUUGAUUUUCUUGAGAACAAUGAAGGUGUUUUGCAAAUACGUCUAUCCAAAAUUUAAAGAUACAUUUUACAGCCCUCAGAGAAGAAACAAGAUCAUGCGUAAAAAGUUUAUGCCUGUCUUGGAAAUUAUUCCUGAGGAAGAUGAAGCUAUUACAAAUAAGCCAACAAGAAAUAUAUGAAUUAAUUAUGCAUAUCUCUAAUUAAAAAUUGUGAAUGUGUUUCUUGAGUAAAAUAUCUGUACUUCAGAAUUGG